AUCUGAAGAUAUGAUUCCAUGUCAAAUUUUGGAUCAUUUAUUUUCUUCAGUAUAUCAAAAAUUGGACUAAGAAUCAAACGGAAAAAUGUACGUGACUUCCAAUUUGGUGUAUAUCUCCUUGAUAUUUUUAAAUGUGAAUGCAGAUAUACUAGUAAAUAUCCCAAACGGUACAAUCCUAGGCCGACAGGAAUAUUCUCAAAGAGGAAUAACGUUUUAUGCCUUCCAACAAAUUCCUUACGCAAAACCACCUAUCGGGAAUUUGAGGUUCCAGUCACCACAACCAGCUGAAAGAUGGGAAGGUAUUUUGAAUGCAACAGUAAAUACCAAGGUUUGUGUUAUACAAGGAUAUAUACAAGAGCCAACUCUUGUAGAAUCUGAAGAUUGUCUAUAUCUCAAUAUUUAUACACCUAGAUAUCCUUCGCAAGAACUCUCUCUACCAGUAAUAGUAUAUUUCCACGGAGGAGGCUUCGUUGUCGGAGAUGGAACUUUCAAUACUAAAGGACCGCACUACUUUAUGGAGCAUGAUGUGAUUUUGGUGACGUUGAAUUAUAGAAUUGGACUAUUAGGAUUUUUAUCAACCGAAGAUGCAGUAAUUCCUGGUAACUACGGACUGAAGGAUCAACAACAUGCGUUGAAAUGGGUUCAGGAGAAUAUUAAAUACUUUGGAGGUGAUCCUACUAAAGUAACGAUAUUUGGUCAAAGUGCAGGAGCAGCUGCAGUAACUUAUCAGUUAAUGAGUCAAAAAUCUAAAGGGUUAUUCAGAGGUGCUAUAGCACUUAGUGGUUCUAUUCUCUGUCCAUGGGGUUAUCAAAGAAACGCUAGAAAAUACGCUUACCAAAUGGCAAGAUACCUAAAUUCCAGUUUUAAUGAAUACACCAAUUCUGAGGCAAUACGUGAAUUGUUUUUAAGUGUCACAUUUGAUCAGCUCAAAAUGGCUAGUUUCCAGAUAGAAGCUACAGAAGAUCAAAUGAUAGGAGGUUACUUAUUUUCUCCAGUUAUAGAGCCAGAACAUGAAGAUGCUUUCAUUACAGAGUACCAAUAUGGUGCUAUUGAAAACGGACAUAUGUCCAGAGUACCUCUAAUUAUUGGUAUUUGUUCUGAGGAAAGACUUUGGGAUAUUGGAUCAAAUUUAACGGUAUGCAAAGAAAAGGGUGAGAUGUAUGACAAUAACAUAACCAGAUUUGUACAUGACGAUAUGCACAUAACUGACCAAAACGUGAGAGAAGUAGUAGGUGAAGCGAUAAGGAAAGUAUAUGUAGAUGGACUGAUACAGGAUAAUCCCGGAAAAACUAUCAAAUACUUCAGCGAUAAUUCAUUUGGUCGAGGUAUUAUUCAACAUGCUAAAUUACAAUCACAAUUUAGUGAUGUGUAUUUUUACGAAUUUUCUUAUUAUGGUCGAGAACUAGCUGGAUGGAGACCGUAUGUGGAAGGAGCUGAUAGAAUAAACCAUGCCGAUGAUUUAGCAUAUUUGUUUGUAACGAAAAACAAUUCUAAUUUGGAUACAAUGCCCCCUGCUGACAUAUUGUCUAGUGUUCGAUAUAGAACGUUAUUAACAAAUUUUGCAAAAACUCUGAAUCCUACUUCUGAACAUCAAGAUAUACUUGGUAUUUCAGAGUGGCCUACAGUAAAUCCUGAUAAUUUCCUGUAUUUGAAUUUCAAUAACACGCUCACAAUUCAAAAAGAUCUAAAACAGGACGUGCAUCCGGCUUUAGUAACAAUAUAUGAAAAAUAUGCGAUUAAACCAUUAGAUACUUUUUAAAAAUUAUUAAUAAAUAAAUGUUAAAUAUGAA